GUUCAUGUUUGACACACCUUCGCUGGAAGGACCAGCAACAGACUGCAACAGUGUGCGACCUGAAAAUUUUCAAGAUGCAGUGGGUUUGAGCACUGAAACGUGGAACCUGAGCCAUCAUCAGGUUCAGGCACUUCCUCCUCUAACAGUGACUGUGGGCUUGGACACCACAAAUUAUUUGCCACCAUUGAUAGAGAACGUGGACAACAUGGUCCCGAUUGAGGUACAACGUUGUCCCAUGGACGAGCAAGGAGAUAUAGCACUAGAGUGCUUGCAGAGGCAAGGUUUAAAUGAAUGGGUGGAAACGCAGCAGCAAUGUCCUAACUUUCUCUUUUGGGACAGUGUUGAAGGACAUAUUGGUGGGGAAGAACUAGCCACAAAUGUGGAAGCAAACACACUUUCUCCUUUUCCUUCUUCUUUGUGAGAUUAAAAUGCUUGUGGAAGGUGUCCCCACUUUCUUGUAUGACCUCUCUGACUAGCUAGGAAGACAUUUUCAUCAAAUGGUCCAGGCCAGGCUUGUGAAUUUGCAGAGGAUAUGCACGUUUUCUUUUGAUUGCUGAUUUGUAAAGAUUGUGAAAUGUGAUUGAAGGUAAGAGAAAUAUGUGUUGUAUGUAACAAUGGUGAUGUUUGUUGGGUGUUUUGACGUGGAAGAGGGAAAAAAAAUAAAGGUGAUUGCAACUAGCGGCAAAAGCUUUAUUUUGAAGACAUGUAAAGCAUCUUCA